AUGACGCAGGUUCUCCCCCUCCUCAGCCCACAGAUGUCCUGUGAAGCCCCAUUCUUUGCCACGCUCAACGUGAGUCCCAUUUCACGGAGACACGGACCAAAUGGUCCAGAAAAUACCACGUUGAAGCUCUCUCCUUCAAACGACCACUAUGAUGUAGGAUCAACCAUCACCAUGUCCUCCUCAGCUGACUCCAGACCUGAAGCUCAGAUUGAAUGGUAUCAAAAUGGAAGCAAGCUGCCUGAUACUGGAUCAGAGCUCACACUGAUAAAUAUCCAGAUUGGAGACAGUGGAGAGUACAGCUGUCAGGCCUUCAACACCAAAACUCUGAUGUCUGAGACAUCACUGCCAGUUUCUGUGUCUGUGAGAGGUGUCUCAGAGAGAGCAGAUGGAGGUCUUUCAGCUGGUGCCAUUGCUGGAAUAAUAAUCGUAAACAUAACGCACGUAAGACUCUACUUCCUUAUACUGCCUUCAUAUCACAUCCUCGUUCUGAUACUGGACUGUGCACAGGGCUUGUUCAGAAGUGUGAAAGAAACCACUAGUUUCUCUGCUAGACUCACUGAUACUCUAGAUGACAUGGACAAAGCUGUGACAGGUGUCAUCCUCCUGGGAGUCAUCUCAGGUUUGACUAAUGGAGCUGGUUUGUUACCAGAUACUAUGAUGGCAGCUGAGGGAGGGACAGUGAAUUUCACCACAGUGUCUCCACCAGAUGGGCCAUUUAUAACAAUUACCUGGUUGUUUGGUGCUAAAACAAUAAUCGUUGCAACUCCUGGUUCAGGCACACCCGCUCCAGAUUAUGAGGGAAGAGUCACCAUCUUCCCUGAUACUGGAUCUCUGGAGCUCAGGAAUCUGACUCUCAAUGACAGUGGAGUAUACACAGUAAGAAUUCUAACUACAGCUGCUGAACAUGAAGGGACAACAACACUGGAGGUUGUAGAGUGUGUCAGUGGAGUAACAGCAAGUGCAAACAGCACAGACUUGUUGGAGUCCAGCUCUGUCCGUCUCUCCUGCUCCGUCUCCUCUGGAUCCUCCCUUACUUUCCUCUGGAGGAACGGCAGCUCUGAGGUCACAGCUGGUGACAGAGUUCAGCUGACUGAUGAAGGCGCCACUCUCACUAUAACCAACGUGACCCACUAUGAUGAGGCAACAUACACGUGUCACGUGUCCAAUCCUUUCAGUUCAGGCACCAGUAAUGGAGUCAAACUGUCUGUCAGCUAUGGUCCAGAAAAUACCACGUUGAAGCUCUCUCCUUCAAACGACCACUAUGAUGUAGGAUCAACCAUCACCAUGUCCUGCUCAGCUGACUCCAGACCUGAAGCUCAGUUUGAAUGGUAUCAAAAUGGAAGCAAGCUGCCUGAUACUGGAUCAGAGCUCACACUGAUAAAUAUCCAGAUUGGAGACAGUGGAGAGUACAGCUGUCAGGCCUUCAACACCAAAACUCUGAUGUCUGAGACAUCACUGCCAGUUUCUGUGUCUGUGAGAGGUGUCUCAGAGAGAGCAGAUGGAGGUCUUUCGGCUGGUGCCAUUGCUGGAAUAGUAAUCGCAUGUUUGAUUGUUGUUUCUGCUGCAGCUGCUGGAGGAUACAUUUUAUAUAAAAAGAAUGGUAGCAAACCUCAGCCAAAUGUGACAGAACUGCAACCACAUAUUUAUGAGAACCCUCACCCAGUGUAUGAGAAUGUAAAACCUCAGCAACCUCGAAAAAACUGAUGCCUGUAUUUUGAGGGAAAGCAACAAGAGGAGUUAUUUGACUGCUCAGGUUGGGAGUUUCAAUCAGUUGUUACUGUUUUGUCCUACAGUUAAUUGGAGUAUUGAAAUAUUUUUGAAGAAAAGAAAGUGUUUCAGCAUUCAGACUUUUCUACUUUUAACUCUAUCUUUGAAGGGUUUGCCACAUUAAAGGAAUAUUUCGGUAUUUUUGAAGCUGGGUUGUAUAAUGACAUUGGUGAUAACAGUGUGGUAAUGGACUUGAGCUUGUAUAGCACUUUUUUAGUCAUUCAUACACUGAUGGCAAAAGUUGCUAUGGAUAAUCGUCCAUCAAUAUUAGCUAAUCCCAUUCAAAAGCAUCCACACCAUUUACAUGCCGCUGGCGAAACAGUGGAAGCAAAUUGGGGUUAAGUGUCUUGCCCAAGGACACAUCAAACAUGUGACUUCAGGAGCUGGCAAUUGAACCCACAACCUUCCAAGAGGGGGACAACCGACUCUACCUUCUGAGCCACAGCCGCCCCGUGUUAGCCUCCAGAGAUUUCAGUGAGCGUUAUCCCUUCAAGCAGGACGUGCCUGGAGAAGCUAGGUGUUACAGAAAGCCUCUGUGUUGAGCACAAUUUUUGACCUCAGGCUACAUGCUCCUCUGCCUCAGCCUAUCUGAGGGCUUCAUCGGAGGAAACCAGAAGUAGCUCAUCUAAAGCUAGUGAUUUCAGCAAAGUAAAGUAAUCCUAUUACACUGACUGUAGUCAUUAGAAGAACAAAGAAUUGAAGAAGGCCCAUUAAACACCAGCAUUCUGUAGGGCAGGGAACUCUGGAAGGGGUGUGAUGCAGGCUUCAAGCUUUGAGCUGCCAUCCUCAAUCAGAGAAGUCCCACUCAUGACAGUAGUAGCUCCCAGGACAUGGGCUCACAGUUUUCACACCCAUACCAGCAGGUAACUCAUGAUCUCUCCUUCUCACCCGUCUCCACUUAAGUUUCUCUCCUCUCUUUCUUUCCACUGAGUUUCCAUCUGUAGAAGUUCCUCUGUGUACUCCAGUUCAUAAAAGUUUCCCCUUGUAUCCACAGUGAACAACCCGUUGUUGUCACUCAAGUUGAAAUUGCUCAUUUUGGUGUUGAUUUAACUUACUUACCUAUAAUUUUCUCUGAUGAAGCCUGCAGAGAAACUGUACCAAACUGCAACACUGUAUAGCUGAGCUUCUCCAAGCACAUCCUGCCUGAAGGAGUAGUGUUCACUGAAAUCAUUGGAGGCUAUAAUGACACUACUAUUGCCAAGUACCUCGUAUAGCCCAACUUCAAAAAUACCAAAGUAUCCCUUUAAACUGCAUUUAUAUGAAACAGCAGAAGCAUUUGUGCUUUUCAAACCACCCAAUUGAACACAUGCAGUACUUUACUUUACACCUGGAUAUAAGGGUAAAACCAAUUUAAAUGAGGUUCCGCUAUGUGUAAAAAGUGUUGAUGAAGUUUUUGGGGUAAAUAUUCUGAUAAAGACUUUUUACAGUAAGCAUUGAUAUUAGUAUGGAUAAAUUGAAGUUCAUUCUGUGAUAUAAGCUGUUAUCCUCAUGAAUGAGGUUCAUUAGCAUCUGUAAUAGUGAUUUUUGUCUUUUUCCCCCACAAAAUCAAAGUUCUGUGUUUAUAAAGACAAAUCCUUCAGGCAUGUGCUUUUAUGCAAACCCCUGCUCUAUGCUGGCCUCAUGUAGUAGAUCUGUGGUUGUUUUAGCAUCUGCAGGUUUGAAAUCAGAUCCCUAGUAGUGGUCUGAUCUACCUCGAUGAAGUUUUGAUAUCUUUUUGAUUUCCAUUUGACCUGUAUUUGUAAAUGACAUAUCACGCUUUGACUUCCUUGAUUAUUUCAUGUUUUAGAGUUUUAGUAGAGUUUAGUCAAAGAGCCGAAUCCCUUGGUGUGCCAAUCGAGGACACAUUUUGUAUUAACAACAAUAAAAUGUAGACUGUAGAAUGUAGAUUAUUUGUGAAUAAAGUGACC